AUGGCAACAAUCUUUAAUGAUAAUCAUUAAAAAAUAUAAACACACAUGUUAACAUUUCAAUUACAUUAUCAACUUCGAUUUGGUGAUGCAAUUUAUAUCUCUGGUGAUUCUGACUACUAUGGUAAUUGGUCUCUGCAUCAUGCUAAACGAAUGAAAUGGAAUCAAGUAAGUCAAAUCUCUUAUAUAGGGACACAUUUGGACUAUCGAUAUCCCCAUUCAUGAUUUCCAAUACAAAUACUUUGUCUCAUCUUUUAAUUAGCCAAGCAAUGUAGAAUGGGAAUUUGGCCCCAAUCGUCUUAUGAGAACAACAGAACCUUCACGUAAAUCCUUUAUUUAAUCUUAAAAGGCAUAGCUGAUGUAUGGAAUCAUAGAAAAGUGAUGUUCCAGUGCUAUAAUCCUCAACAAUAUCCAAUGUUUAUUUCUGGAUCAUCUUUAGAUCUUGGUAAGAAUACUAGGCGAGUUAAUAUGAAACAAAAAUAAGAUAUAUCUUAUAAAAAAAUACUUGCCAAUGUUAUUGAAGAUAAAGUAAUACAUUAUCAAUUCCAUUUGAAAACUCAAAAAUAUUACUCUAGUUCUAUGUUGAGUUUAUAUCUUGAUACUUCAAUCUCAUAAAGCCAUAAUCUUGACUUUUCAUAUAAGAACUAUAUAAUAGCUUUUUGUACAGGAAUGGAAAAGAUUAAGAGAUCAAUCUAUUAAUUAGAUAAUAAUAUAUGUUACGGUUAUGUUCCAAACGAUGAAACUGAUUUUAAUUUGUUAAAGGAUGCUAAUCUUCAUACAAUUGUAGAGUUCUCAAAUUAGGCUGAAUAGCCAGCCCAUUCUGUUAAAUUAGGAGAGUUCAAUUAUCUUACUGUCAAUUUUCGAUCCAAUAUGAAUGAAAACUGUAUCUCUAAACUUUGUUCCUUAAUUCAAUUAUUAAUUUCUAAAUAUCAUGUAAAUGUCAAAUUAAUUAAUAGGUUAUCUAUGUAUGUAACAACUCAUUAUCUCAUGUUAGAAAAUAUCUCUAAGUAUACAAAAGUCAAAGAAUAUCUAAAUGA